GGGUGUAAUAGCAUAUUUUAAGUGUCCAUUGUAGCAGUAAGUGGAAUUUAAUUUGCUUUAUUUACAUUUCUAAGGUGUAUAUUACAUGGUUUUUUGAUUAUUCCCCGUAAUGCCAAAUGCCUUCCAGAUAAAAAAGAAGAAAAGGUCUUUGCUCUGACAUGUCGUUAAGCUAAAUUGAUGUGUAUGUUGUCAUUGUGUCUCACACUUACCUAGUGGCCUCUCUUGUAGCCUGACACCGUGAUUAAGUCCUUAAGCCCUUUGCCUUUGUUGUUGACGUAUUGUUUGCUCCAGAGCAGGAGGAACUGACAUAUUCCAUCUGUGUGUUAUAAAUUAAGUUCAUAUGCAGCAUGAUUCAAGGGUAGACCAGUUAGGGCAAGUUAUUGCUUCCUCCCCUACAAUCUUUUUUUUUUUUUUUUGGUAUUGUUUAUCUGAAAAUGCCAGGUUGGACAACAUAACAUAAACAAAAACAGAUGUUUGUGUAUGUAAGAAGGAAGAAUUAAAAAAAAACAACUAAGCGGGUCAUGUAGAAAAGAUGCUGAGACUCUAAGCUCCUAUAGCUUGACUCUUAAGAUAAUGUACACUAAACCACAUAUGUAUUUCUGAAAUAAUGAAUGAUGUUUACGUACUGAUUACCGAUUUUUCAUUUUGUUGCCUGAUGAUGCCUCUAAAGCAAGCAUUAAAUAACAAAGUGCAUUAAAUAACAAAUUUGUCCUCCAGCCAGGAGUCAGAAUUGGAAGCCUGAGCUGGGUCCUCUUAACCCACUUCCUUACGGCACUGCAGAAAUGAGUCCCCACACUUGGACUGAGGUGCCUCAAGCUCAAUAAUAUUUUUGAGAGAGUGAGCUGUAGAACUCAUUGGAGUGAAAGCACUUCCUGCGUUUGCGAGAGAGAUGCAAGUAUGGACAUAAUAGCCUAUGAUGAUUACUCCAGUCCACCGCUUCAGAGAUAUUGAAAGGAAACCUGAAUACCUCCAGCCAGAAAAGUGUGUUCCACCUCCUAGCCGCACUUCCCUGGGAACAAUGUGGUUUAUUCGAGAUGGCUGUGGUAUUGCAUGUGCUGUCGUUACCUGGAUGCUGGUGUUCUAUGCCGACUUUGUAGUCCUUCUUGUCAUGCUAGUUCCAUCGAGAGAUUAUGUUUAUAGUGUCAUCAAUGGCACGCUGUUCAACACCUUGGCUUUCCUCGCUUUGGCUUCACAUUUUCGUGCUAUGCUGACAGAUCCAGGUGCUGUACCCAAAGGUAAUGCCACAAAAGAGUUCAUCGAGAGUUUACAGCUAAAGCCAGGACAGGUGGUUUACAAGUGCCCAAAAUGUUGUAGCAUCAAACCUGACAGAGCACAUCACUGCAGUGUUUGCAAGAGGUGUAUUCGGAAAAUGGACCAUCACUGCCCGUGGGUCAAUAACUGUGUAGGAGAGAAUAACCAGAAGUACUUUGUACUGUUUACAAUGUAUAUAGCACUGAUUUCCCUGCAUGCUCUAAUCAUGGUGGGAUUUCACUUUUUGUAUUGCUUUGAAGAAGACUGGACAAAAUGCAGUUCCUUCUCUCCACCAACUACAGUGAUUCUUCUCAUCCUCUUAUGUUUCGAGGCUCUCCUGUUUCUCAUCUUCACCUCAGUUAUGUUUGGGACCCAAGUACACUCCAUCUGCACUGAUGAAACGGGUAUUGAGCGUCUUAAAAAUCAGAAGCCAACCUGGGAGAAGAUCAGCGGCUGGGAAGGAAUGAAGCUGGCGUUCGGUGGUGCCUUCUCCUUGGGUUGGUUCAAUCCCUUUUCGAACCUGAACUGCAAGAGCCCAGCGCCGGCCGAAGCGGCGGCGGCGGCAGCUCCUACGUCAGCAAUAAUGACCCAAGAAGAAAUCGAGCAGUUUCUCGCUCGAGAUGUUGCCGUCCAAGUGUUACAUGAAUAAGCAAAGCAUCCUCCAGGAUGUCAACAGCAGCUUUCAGGUGGUUUUUUUUUUUUAAUAACUACUUGUGCUGGAGAUUUAAGGGGUUGGUUUUUAACAUGCUUUUGGUGCAUUAAAAAAUUCAGGAGUAUUUAUCUGGAAGCCAGGUGCAGCACUAGCAGAAGCAAUGCAAAUCUCCAGGGAAAGCAUUGUAAGUGAUGAGAUUCAGAAGCUCCUUUUCGGACCUGUGACAACUGCUUUAUUGAGCUUUUCUUACUUGACCUUUAAGGAAAGUUUAUAAUUGUCGGAUAGGUUGGUCCCAGCUCCUGGAAAUGUGCAGUCCUAGGGAGUCUGGUUCAUCUUUUGUUCUUCCAGCCUUUUGGAGGUCUAAAUGACAAGCUCUGCGCAACAGCCAGAUUAGCCCAGCUCUAAAGGCUUUCUUGAAAAACGCAUCCUUUUUAGCUCAUCCCAUGGAUGCUGCCUCUGGAUUAUGAAAGCUGCUGGUGCUCAUGUCUUAGCAGAGGUGGGCUACAGACACAGCGGAUGGGCGAGCUCACCCUGGGGUGUAAUUCCUUUGAGCUCCAAAAUAUAGGGGGUAAAUUUUAACCCUCUGUGCUCGUGGCGCUGCCCAAGGCUGGUGGCGCUUGGUUGAGCGGCAUCGGGGCCGGCGAGCUGGUGGUGGUGCCGGGCACGGCUGAGAGCAGGCAGGUACUGGCCAGGUUGUGGGCUGCUGGUGGGGGGAAGCUUUUGCCCAGGGGCUGCGGUUCACGAACACGUAGGGCACGUGGAGCGGGAGCUGCCUGGCCGAGCUCGGCAGCCCAGAAAGCAGGCAGCUGGUUGAGACCAGGCACCGGCGGUAUUUCUGCGGUCAAGGAAGAGAGGGAGACGUGAGCACCCUGCUGAUAGAGGUACUGGCUCUCUCCAUUUGACUUGCCUAAUUUAGAUGUCUCUUUCUUUUUUUUCUUUUUUUUUUUUUUUGGGGGGUGUGUGUGUGCAUGUUUUGUUUUGUUUUGUCUCAAUAGCCAGAGUUAGUUGAGAAUGAAUAUUGCUUCUUAAUCUUCCUGGGGUUUAACAUUGUCCUAUUAGUACUCGCCAUUAUGCGGGGUUUCCUCAGGCUAAUUUUGCAGCCAGCUCCUGGUGACCGUUGGUGAGCGCGCAGAAGGAGCGUGCAUCACUCAAGGAAGUGUCACUGCAGGUGGCGAUAGCUGCAGCAAAGUCAUGCAGAGGUGACGCUAGCCGCUGCAUUCAAACACGCUACAAACACUUGGCGUGCUCCAGACGUCGAUUAGCGUUAAUUUAGAUGGUUUUUCAAGUGGUUUUUUACUUCUCACCUCUCUUAGCUUGUCAGUAAAUUUUGAAGGAUAUUAGAAAUGUGUCCCAGAGGACAUGCUUGAUUUUGUCUCCCCCUCCACUGUAACAUGGACCAAAGAUAAUUGCUUCCUCUAGAAAGUAAAAGAAAGGAGUUUGGGGGAUGAAAGCACGGUAUUGUGAAAGAUCUAGAUGAAGUUUUUAUUAUUUAUAGAAGCAAUACCAAAUGGAAUUUGUGUAAGACUUUUUUUUUUUCCUUCCCCCCUCAAAAAAAAAAAAAAAAGCAUCUUAAUAUGUAUUAAUGGUGUGACAGUCAGGGCUACUGGGGAGGGAUGAGAUUCUCUGCUGGACUUGUCCUCUGCCACAGCAGUCCCUUUUUCUGGCAAAGGGCCUGGGAACAACCCGGGUGCCGUGACCGUUGGGAGUGCAGCUUGGCUAAAACCCAGGGGGUAUUCCCAAAGAGUCAUCCCACCCCCUAUGCCCUCUGGAUGUCUCCUCUUUUCCAUUGAAAAGAGAUUUAGAAAACAUCAUUAGGACCUGUGUAUUUAUACAAACCUUUUUAGUAAAGGGAAACAACCUGCAUUUGGGGGGAAUUGAGGUGCCCUCUCAUGUCAUUUAGGCAUGACCUGUUGAACGUCAUUGCUCCGUGCAGCAGUGUGGUAGGGAGGGAAGAUGCUCUCCUGCUCCUGCACCAGCCUACGUUUUUCUGUCAGCCUCCCACGGGAAAGGGACGUCAGGGACAUACAUAGAUCUGUAAGGGAUUUCCUAUAGGGAGCAAUAGGGAUGUUGAAGGAGGAAAAGUUGAGAGUGCCCUUUUUAGCUCCUGUUUUCUAAUUUUGGCUUGCUGCUUGGCCUCUGCAUCCAGUUAAGGUCCCUGCCUCAGUGCCGUGUCUGCAGGGUGGGAAUGGUGCUACGGGGUCCUGGGGGGAGAAAUUAGUUGAUGGUUGAAAAUUGCCUCAAGGCAAGUGCCCAAGGACGUCAGCUUGGGCGAGACCCCCUCGCCCUGCGUUUUGGUGAUGCUUCUUGAGACGUGGACCCCAUUGGUGUGGCUUUGGGUAGAGGCAGACAGAGGCAGCGUAUUUCCUUCUCCACUCUCAAACCUGGUUCACCUCAUCAUGAGGACAGGCAUCCUUCGCUUCUGCUUCCCACCUCUCAUGUUGUUCCUCAGGUGCUGGCAUUUCUAGGCUUUUUUUUUUUUUUUUUAAUAGCAAAUGGAAAAGCAGCGUGAAGAGGGGGGUGAGAGCCAGAACAGCCAUCUCCCCUCCUCCUGCAGUUCUAGGCCAAGUGAGAGACUGGGCCGUGUCCCUCUGCCCUGCGCAGAGCCGUGGGCAGCCAGCCCAGCCCCGGCUUUGGUGUCCCCCUGGACCUGGUGGGGUGACUUCCUAUGUCCAGCAAAUUGGUUGUUCUGGUGUCUCUUGGCUGUUGGUCGCCCUCAUCCUCCCUCUUCUUCUUCUCCUCCCCAGUUCCAGUACCCCUCGGCAUAUCUCCUCUCGGUCUUGGUAUAGUGUGGCAACUGUCAGGAAAUGCAAAAGUCUUCAUGAGCUGGAAAAAUCUGUUUUAUCCACAGCUCUGGCAUAAACCUCCUUCUUUAAUGACUCCCUGGUAGCUUGAGACCAAAUGCGAUUUUCCUGAAAUUGAAACCAAACCCACCGUUUCCCUUCCGUUCCCUCCAUGCACUGCUUGCCCCUUGUUAAGUCAUGCCUUCAUCUUCAGGCUGUGCUGCUGAGGUCCUGGCCGGCUCGCCGGGCCCUGGGGAAGGCACUCCUCGAGAGCACUUGGCGUGCCUCACGCUGCUCCGGUGUGAGGCGUUAAUACGUGAUGGACAAAGUCGUUGCAGACGUGGAAAGCGUUCUUGUACUUCUUACCUGGUGUCUUCUACAGCAGGUUUUCUAUGCAAGUAAAGAAUUUACAUCUCUUGAAAAAAUAUAUAUAUUUUGUUGUUUGUAACUCCUUUUUAUGCCUCUGGUCACUAUUGUACUUAUUAAAGAACUAAUAAUUCAUCCGCCAAGGACCGCCAGCUCCUCCCUUCCCUGUGGUCAUGGUAUGCAGACUCUGUGCCCACUCUGCCUGGGGAGGGGGUCCCCGCUCCCAGCCCUGCCACCGCCGAGGUGGCCUGGUGGGACCCAGCGCUGCCGGGGGGGCACCGGGACACCAUGGGCAGAGGGGUGGCAGGGGCCGGGGAAGCCUGACCGCCUUUUGUAGCCCAGCCACCACCUGGGCGCUCCUCCUGGUGUCCUCUAAAUGUUUGAAAUGCAAGGGAAUGGUCAAAAUAUUUUUUUUCCUGGUUUUUUUUUCCCCUCCUCCCUUUUUUCUUCCUCCCUUCUUUUUUUUUUCUCUCCCUUUUUUUUUUUUCCUCCCUUUUUAUGGGCUGGCACAUAACCAGGUGUAGUUGCCACUUCUUCUUUCCACUCUGCAGCCCUAACGCUUGAGCAGUUACCUUUUAAAUAAGCAAAUAAAUAUACCCCUAUGC